AUGGACACCGCCUCAAGGGGAGCGGCAAAAUAUGGCAGCGCCGCAACCUAUGCAGCAUAUUGGGCUCAAUACGGUUACGAUGUCAACUCUUCCCAGUUCAAGGAAUGGGCUGUGACUCAACCAUAUCAAUACAGUCAAUAUUACGCCCAAGCUGGGUAUAACGGUGUUGCUCCGGAGGGGAUGCACAACCUCAACCGCCGCAACAAGCUCCGCCUCCUCCACCGCCGCCGCCUAGUUAGAGAGUUAACUGUAAAGCUUGUUAGGUAG